GGUGUCAUUAAUCAACUGAUUACCUUGGCUGAAAUAAAACACGCUUUCUGUGACUCACCUCUUAGUUGAGCUCUCCUGUGGAAGUGCUGGUUCCUGCCUUACAAUGUCUGGACGAGGAAAGAAAGCUGCAUCAAAACCAAAAACUGCAAUGUCCCGUUCCUCCAGAGCAGGAAUCACUUUCCCAGUAGGCCGCAUCCACAGGCUGCUCAAAAGAGGCCACUAUGCAGAGAGGCUUGGCACUGGUGCUGCAGUGUACCUCGCUGCUGUCCUGGAGUACCUCUGCGCUGAAAUCCUGGAACUAGCUGGAAAUGCAAGCCGGACCAACAAGAAGCUGCGCAUUGCCCCACGCCACCUCUUGCUUGCUGUAAAGAAUGACGAGGAGCUCAACACGCUACUGGCAGGAGUCACCAUCUCGGAGGGUGGGGUGAUCCCGAAUAUCCAGGCAGCCCUCAUCCCAAAGAGGACCAAAGCUCCAAAGGACGAUUCAAGCACUAAAGAUGUCCAAUCUCAAGAAUUUUAACUGUUUUUAAACUUUAUUCUGAUUUUUGCAAUAAAUUUUUGUACAUGUAUCAACUUGA